AUGGCGCCAACCUCUCCGUCCGCCUCCACGGCAGCGCCCAAACUCCCCGCCUCGGCGGACUUCAACGCCCUCUACAACCGCAUUUCCCUCGCCUCCACAAAACAAGCAACCUUCAUCACCUCAAUGCGCGCAAAGUACCCCUCUCUAGCACGAUCCUCCUCGAAACCCACAUCAGAAAUCAUCUCCAGCAACCCCGCUGCGCCAGGCAGCUUUUCAUCCAUGGCGAAACCCACAUCCGCAACCGCAACCGCCUCAUCAACAUCGCAGUCGACAACAAGCCGCCCCCGAGCUCCCGCCGACGACACAGACAUCCGCUUCGAAAACCCAAACACGGGCCUCGGCUUCACGACUUCCAAAGCGGACCAGACCACCUCCGCCGCAACGCGGGACCUAAGCCGCCGCCUCCUCGGCAACAAACGGGGAGGCCGCGCCGCAGACGAUCCGAAAGCCCUCGCCGCCGCGGCGCUCAAGAAGCGCAGACUUCAAGAGGACGAGAGCGACGAGGAGGAAGGGAGAGGUAGCUGGGGCAAGAGCAAAAAGAAGAAGACCAAAGUCCGUCAGGAGGAGGGGGAGGAGUCUGCCGAACCCGAGGCGCUCGUACACCCAGUGGCACGGGCACGGGGCGAUGUCGAGAUGCGCGAGGGCGGAUUGGAUGACACGGAAGAUCAAAUACAAGACUACCAAGACAGCAAGGAGGAUGCCCCGAUCCCUAGUCCGAUCCAGCCGGAGAUAGCGGCGAUGGACCCCGCCGAAGGGGAGGAGGCCGAUAAGCGACCCGAGACAGACGAAGCCACCAAGGAACGGAAAAGGAACAAGAAGAAGCGGAAUAAGGAGAACAAGAAGAACAAGAUGGCCGCGGCUGCCGCCGCGGGAGGAGAAGGUAGCGUUGGAGCCGCUCAAAAGAUAUCAGUGGUAUAA